CUUUUUUCGGCGUUGAUCCGAUCAAUAGUGAACCAAAAUUCCACGAAGGAACGAAAUGACAGAUCAUAAACAGUUUCGCGCCAAAUGUCAGUUACAUGCAUACUUCGUUGCGGCCUACAUGAAUAAUCUGCAUCAAAACUCCUUGGUUAAAUUUUGAAAUAAUUUCACGUCUUUCAAGAGAGUUCUUAAAAGAUUACCUUAUGACAGAAUAGGAAGUGUCACACACUGUUAAUCCUCCUUUGCGUGACUUCGAUUUACCGUUCGUACGCCAAUAACAGUUAUUUCAGCAACUUUAAAUGGAAUUAGGUGCUAUUUAUAUCUUCCAGCUGUGUUGUGAUUGCAGCGUCUGGAGCGAGGUCACGCGAAAGACGAAAGAAGUCACUUGAACCUUUGUAGGGGCUGUAACCCUACACCAGGCAUUAUUAAAUGGCCGUGCGUCACGAAACACAAUACACAGCUUGUGUCUUGCCUGAUUGAAUGUCCAUAUUCACAACGAAAAGCUGUAGGCCCGGCCGUGAUCGUUGUCUCAUUUGUCUGGUCUUCAAUUGAAAAACACUCAAAAAGCUCUUCGCCUAGAAUAGGCAAUUAUUCAGACGAUAGAUAUCUCGACGAAACGAUAGAUCUAAGGACAGGUAACGGAAAUGGAAAAGGGACCGAUUGGGUCGCGGUGUUCGAGUUGAUAUUCGCUGUUCGAAAACUUGCAGUCUGUUGGUUGAGUGAUAUAUCAAGUACGGAAUCUUAACAAAACAGUCCAAGACACAAUAGUGUACAAUAUAAACAAGAACCUGUAUACUUAGGUUAUUAUUCGAGGUCAUUGGCGUAGAUGCCUUUUGUAGUGGAGCAUCUGGCUGUCUUUUGGAUGGAUUCUGAAGAAUGAAACAAGACAACCGUACAGAUAUGACAUCCGCAGUUCGUCGACUCGGCCAAGAGAUUUCUAAACUUGGGCUUCGGAUGCGUAAUCGAUCUCCAUCUGGCAGCGAUAGUGAUGUGUUCUCUUCCACAGAUGAAUUAGCAGCUAAGGGCAGCUUGGGCGUUCAUUCGGAGAACACUUUGUCCGAGGAUAAUUUGGAAAAUGAUGGAGCCUCAGGACCGAACGGUGUUGAGCAACCAGUUACACAAAGACGGCAUUCGAGGAAUGAAUUGGACGAAGACGUGGAAUGUAAAGAGCGUAGAAGCUCUAUCAAAGCUGCUCUACGACCAGUUCUUUCUCGGAAGGCUCGUUCCGAUUUAGCAAAAUACUCACGUCCAAACCAAGACCUUAAUCUUAAGCAAUUUAUCGAGCGAAAAAGUGGCUCAGUAAAUGAUUUCACCGAGGAAAGUCUUAAAGAAAAUAAUGUCGAUGGCCAUGAAACCGACAAGAACGGAAAGGGCGAGGAAAGAUCUUGUGAAAUGUCUUCCGCGACAUAUCGUGUUGCAGUUGGAGAGAGGCAAGCCGAGGAACACGCCAACAAGACGAUAAAACCUAAACGACCGAGACGUCCUAAGCGAAGUAAGUCUUUCAGUGGUUUGUUGAACUGGAGACACGGAGCUAAGCAAGCUAACAAAGAGGCGACAAGGAGCGAUAGCUGCGAACCAGUUGUACGAAAACUGGUACGAACUAGAAGCAAUUCGUUUAGCGGCAAUGUGGACAACAUCCGCAGCAGUAGGAACGCUAUUUCUAGAACGUUGCCAAGUCAGAAUUAUAUGGCACAAGAUGUAACCGAAACAAACGGUAAUAACACAGUCAAAAACUGUCCACAAAUUUUUGUUACUUCUUCCUCGAACAACGAAGAGCAUGCUAAUGGAACACGCUUAAGCUAUAUGGCCUUGAAAGGAUUUAGAUUUGAACAGGGCAUGAUUGAGACAGAUCUGUGUUCAACGGAGCUUUGAAAGUUUUGCCAUUCAACACUUGAAAUCGAGAAAAUAAUAUGGGAUGUUACUUUGAUAAGUGGUUGUACGGCCGGCAUUGAAAUUGCCUUAGUACUUGACCCGUGCGACUUGAAAUGGAUGAAAAUCUGUUUAUUGUCUACAUUGUGGCGAGCUUUGAUGUAGUUUCUGGUUGAUUACAGACGGUCUACUUAGAAUUCUAACUGAAACUUGAUUAAGUUUUAUGCGAUUUAUUAAUGUUUAGAUCCGGAUGUUUGCAUGGCAAAAUCCUUGAUUAGCAAAAGCUCUAAAAGAGCCGAAUUUAUUGACAAUAAAAGGGUCAAGGAGUUUUAAUCCGUUUUGGGUAUAAAUGAUGCAUCAGCAGUCAACUCGAACUGUUUGCUUCUUUGGAGAAGUAACAACUGCCAAAUUUGCCUCGACUACGCGAGUUAUUUUCCGCUGCCUAACCGUAUUAUGUAUUUCUAAGCGGGUAAUCAAGGUAGUGACCAAAAUUCAAGCAGUCAACGUGUACAAAAUUUCUACUUAGAGUAAUUGAUCACGUCUUAUCACAUGAUCUUCAGCUUAUCUAAGCCGACAAAUGUUAUCCUGUCGUAAAUAACUUAUCCUUUACUUUUGUACACAUCUAAAAGAGAGAUCAAACUUGUACACAAAUAAAACAUUUGUUAUGUUACUUAGAAA